GAGUGAAGAAUGUCUGUUCGAGAAUUGUAUACAAAGGUAUGUUUCGUUGUUGUCGCUUAUUCCAAGUUCUAAGCAUUGUGUGAAAAAGAGAAAGAUCAAUCUGAUGUUUAAGAUUUCCUUUCUCCCGAAAAGGGAGAAGAGCGCGACGAUUAGAGUUUAUGCAUUCGUUGUUGUUUGUUUCAAUUUCUUUUGUUUUCGAAUAGUCGAGCCAGUCAAUUGUUUUCAAGGUGCACGCGUUUGGUUACCCGAUCGGGAAACUGUUUGGCGUGCGGUGACUGUCGCGACAAAUUAUGAUGGUAAAGGACAACUUCAAGUAACAUCGGCAGAUGGAGGAAAUGAAACUAUUCCAGUUAAAUCGGACUCAGAUCUUCCGCCAUUGCGCAAUCCAGAGAUUCUCAUUGGUCAAAAAGAUCUUACUGCACUCUCAUACCUAAAUGAACCUGAAGUUCUAUAUAAUCUCGAGUCUCGUUUUAACAAAUCUCAAAUCUAUACGAAAUGUGGAAUUGUGUUAGUGGCAAUAAAUCCUUAUGAAUAUCUCUCCAUUUACGGCAAUGACACCAUUCAAUUGUAUCGAGAUCAAGAUGUUCAAUUACUAGAGCCGCACAUCUUUGCAACAGCUGAAUUAGCAUAUCAAUCAAUGGUGAACUUUGCGAAAAAUCAAUCGAUUAUUGUGUCAGGGGAAUCAGGCGCGGGGAAAACAGUCAGUGCCAAAUAUGCUAUGCGAUAUUUCGCAAAUGUUGGUGGAUUAUUAGAGGAAACACAGAUUGAAAAGAAAGUUUUAGCUUCGAGUCCAAUUAUGGAGGCGAUAGGAAAUGCAAAAACAAUACGAAAUGAUAACUCAUCACGCUUCGGCAAAUAUAUCGAAAUUGGCUUUUUAAAAAAUCACAUUUGUGGUGCAUCGAUGAGAACUUAUUUAUUAGAGAAAUCAAGAGUUAUUUAUCAAGCACCAGAUGAACGAAAUUAUCAUAUAUUUUACCAAUUGUGCACACAAGUCAAUCAACCUGAAAUGAAAUCUCUUGCUCUACUACCGGCUGAUCAAUUUCGCUACGCAUCUGAAGGCAAUGCAAUAACUAUCAAGGGUGUUAAUGAUGCUCAACAGUUUCUUGAAACACGUGAAGCAUUAGCUCUUCUUGGUUUGUAUUUU